CGGUAAACAUUGCCUUGACUAUAUCUGCAGGUCUAUGCUGGAUCCCUCUGCCAACCUCUUGUUUGCUCAGCGGAUGGAAAGCAAAGAUCUCAUUGCAGAGCCUGCGACAGAGCGGACAAGGGUCUUCAGCAAUCCAGGAUCUGGAGAAGGAGGCUGUGGCUGUCCCCGACGUCCACGUGCAGCUGGAGAUAUGAGGUCCCCAUCUGCCCCUCCCAUCCUGCUGCUCCUCAUCCUGCACCUUGCAGCUGGGGUGUCCGCAGUGCCGAGUUAUGUGGUCACGUCCCCAGCUGUGAUCUACCACCCCCACACAGCGAUGCUGUGGGUCCAUCUCAGUGGUCUCCAUGAGCCCGUCCACGUGACUGUACAGCUGCAGAGAGCUGACAAGAGCCAUAACAUCACCCUGCUGGAGAGAAAAGUCCAGGAGCCUCAUCUGUACCUGGACAUCGACUUCCCCGCUCCAGCCCCCACCACAGACAAGGAGGAAAUUGUGGACCUGCACGUUUCCAUCCAGGGAGAUUCCAUGGAUGUCUCCAAGAAGAAGAAGGUGAUGCUGAGAGCCCUGAAGCCUGGGAUCUUCAUACAGACAGACAAGGCUGUCUACAAGCCUGGGCAGCAAGUGAAGUUUCGCAUUGUCUCUUUGGAUAAAGACUUCGCUCCCAGCAAUAAGAAGCUGCCCCUCGUGUUCCUGAAGGAUCCCAGCGGGAACCGCAUCGCGCAGUGGCGGGAGGUGACCCCACGGCAGGGCAUCGUGGACCUGUCCCUCCCGCUGGCGGCGGAGCCGGCGCUGGGCACGUAUACCAUCGAGGUGGAGGGGAAGAGGCAUUCCUUCAGCGUGGAGGAAUAUGUGCUGCCCAAGUUUGAGAUGACCAUUGAUCUCCCCGCCGCGGUGCUGGAGAAGGAUAAGAAGUUCCAGAUGGAGAUUUGUGGACGGUACACCUACGGGAAACCCGUCCAGGGGAAGGUCCAGGCCAGCCUGUGCCAGCCCCACAGCUUUUCCGUUGGUGCCUGGGUAGGGAAGAACUGCAUCCAGAUUGGGGGGCAGACCAAGAAGAAUGGCUGCUUUUCGACAGAAGUUUUGUUGGCUGCCUUCAGCCUGACCAGCUCCAUGUAUCAGAAGCAGUUCCAGGUCCAGGCGUCACUGGUGGAGGACGGGACGGGGCUGGAGCUGAAAAACACCAAGAGCUGCAAGAUUUUACCUGAAAUCUUCACCGUCACCUUUGAAAACAUGGAUGAUUUCUACAAGCCUGGCAUCCCCUACACUGGGAUGAUGCUGCUGAAGGGAGCUGACGGCUCCGUGCUGCCGGAGAAGCAGCUCUUGCUCAUCGUUAGCCAGAUGGGACAAGAUACAAGACGGACCCUCCUGACAGACAGAUCAGGGAGAGCCUCCUUUGAGCUGGAAACCUCUGGUUGGAGUGGCACGGUCACCCUGCAUGGUCAAGUCAAUGAGACAGCUGACACCCAGAAUGGUGGCUCGACGCCCAUCUACCAAAAAGCCUACACGUCUAUCCGCCCUUUCUUCUCGGAGAGCAGGAGCUUCCUGCGGAUCCGCCACCUGAAUGGCAAGCUGCCCUGUGGCCAACCCCAGCAGCUCUGGGUGGACUUCAUCUUCAGCAAGGAGGCCUUGGGGACCCAGCUGGAGAGCCUGGAUGUGGUUUUCCUGGUCCUGGCCAAGGGAACCAUCGUCACCGUCCUCAGGAAGGAGUUGCCUGCAGAGGCUGGGUUGAGAGGUUCCUUCUCCCUGGAGCUGCCCAUCGGUCUCAAGCUGGCACCCGCAGCCAAGGUGCUGGGCUACGUGCUGCUGCCCAACGGCGAGAUGGUGGCUGACAGCACCGAGCUCAAGGUGGACAAGUGCUUCCCCAGCAAGGUGAAGAUGGCUUUUUCGGAGGACAGGGCUCUGCCUGGCUCGGUGCUGCAGCUGGAGCUGGAUGCUGCCCCGGGGUCCCUGUGUGCCAUUCGUGCUGUGGACCGCAGCGUGCUUCUCUUGAAGCCUGAAGCUGAGCUCAAUGCGGAGGCGGUCUACGAAGUACUCCCUGAAUUUGACUACCCUGGAAGCAUUCGAGACCCACCACUCUGUCCAAAAUCUUUCUGGGACACUGACAUUCCCAUCAUCCCACCUGUACCGGGAGAGCGAGAACUCUUUUAUAUUGGAAGGAGAUAUCACUUCCCUUCACAUUUUGGGAGGACUUCCCAGAUGAACACCUACAAGUUAUUUCAGAAUGCAGCAUUGAAACUUUUCACCAAUGCCAAGACCAGCGAUGCUUGCAAGAGGAGGUUCAGCAUCAUGACUCACGGUUCCCAAGGUCCCAGAGGUGGCUUUCCUAUCCCUGUUGGUGACUAUUUGUGGAAAGAAACUGAUGUGCCAAUAGCAAUGUAUCUUGAUGUGCCAAACAUUGCUGUCCAGGAAGAGCCAGCGGCACCUCGGACGUAUUUCCCAGAGACGUGGCUGUGGGAUAUGGUCCCCGUGGGAGAGGGUGGCUCUGCAGAGGUGACGGUGACAGUACCCGAUGCCAUCACCAAGUGGGAAGCCGGGAUGUUCUGCAUGUCCCCGCAGGGCUUGGGGCUGGCCCCGGCCACCACCCUCACGGCCUUCAAGCCCUUCUUCGUGGAGCUGUCCCUGCCCUACGCUGUGGUCCGCCACGAAGCCUUCACCCUCGUGGCUACCGUCUUCAACUACCUGCGGCAGUGCCUGCGGGUUCAGGUGACACUGGCAGAGACGGCGGAGCUGGAGGUGUCGGCGAGUAUGGAUGAGGUGUACGGUGGUUGCAUCUGCGCAGAUGAAGCGAGGACCUUCCGAUGGGGCGUGCGAGCCACCAGCCUGGGGGAGGUGAACAUCACCGUCAGUACCGAGGCCCUCAGCUCUGAGGAGCUCUGCGGCAAUGAGAUGCCUGUGGUGCCAGCCCAGGGGCGCAUGGACACCGUGAUAAAGCCCUUGCUGGUGCAGCCCGGAGGGAUCCUGGUGGAGAAGGCGCACAACUCCCUGCUCUGCCAGGAAGUCACUGAAAAAAUCUCUCUGGAGGUUCCUGAAAACAUCUUGGAGAGCUCCCAGAGAGCCCACGUCACUGUGAUGGGUGACAUCAUGGGCAACGCUCUUCAGAAUGUGGACCGCCUCCUGGCCAUGCCCUAUGGCUGUGGGGAGCAGAACAUGGUCCGCUUCGCCCCCAACAUCUACAUCCAGCAGUACCUGGAGAAGAGUGGGCAGCUGCACCCCGACAUCCGUGCCAGGGCACAGGGAUUCCUGCAGAGUGGGUACCAGCGAGAGCUGCUCUACAAACACAAUGAUGGCUCUUACAGCGCCUUUGGGAAAAGCGAUCCCAGCGGCAACACCUGGCUGACAGCAUUUGUCCUCAAGUCCUUUGGGCAAGCCAGAGCCUACGUGGCCAUCGAGGAGCGGCACAUCACGGACGCGCUGAGCUGGCUGCAGAAGAAGCAGCUGGGAACGGGCUGUUUCCUCAGCGUGGGGACGCUCUUCAACAACGCCCUGCAGGGUGGUGUCUCGGACGAGCUCUCGCUAUCAGCUUAUGUCACGGCUGCGAUGCUGGAGCUGGGACUGUCCCCAACGGACCCGACGGUGAGCUCAGCCCUGCGGUGCCUGGAGGCUGCGGCCACGGACGACCUCUACACGCAGGCACUGCUCGCCUACGUCUUGGGGCUGGCGGGACGGGGGGAGCAGCAGCGAACGCGGUUGCAGAGCCUGGCCCAGCACAGUGUCAGCACAGAGGGGCAGCUCCACUGGCAGAGGAAGGGGAAGGCUCUGCCCCCAUCGCAGCCCUCCUGGGCGGCCGCCGCGCCAGCAGAGGUGGAGAUGACUGCCUAUGUCCUCCUGGCCUACCUGUCCCAGCCCCAAGUGUCCUCUGCCGAUAUGGGGACUGCAUCCCGGAUUGUCCGCUGGCUCAGCAAGCAGCAGAAUCCCUAUGGGGGCUUCGCCUCCACGCAGGACACUGUGGUGGCCCUGCAAGCUCUGGCCAAAUAUGCCGCCCUGACAUACGGCAGCAAUGGAGACUUGGUGGUGACAGUGACGUCCCCGGCGGGCACUGCGCAGGACUUUGUGCUGAACAACAGCAACCGGCUGGUGGUGCAGCAGGCAGCGCUGCCGGAGCUGCCAGGGCUGUACGGAGUGCGAGCCCGUGGGCAGGGCUGUGCCCUGGUGCAGCUGACCCUGCGCUAUAAUGUGCCACCUCCUCCGAGCACGGGGACGUUCGACCUCCAUGUGGAGACAGAGCCCAAGGAGUGCCAGGGGGAUGCCAGCACCCGCUUCCACCUCAUCCUCCGCGCACGGUACACUGGGGAGCGUCCAGCCACUAACAUGGUUGUCAUUGAGGCCAAACUGCCAUCUGGCUACAUCCCGGACAAGAGCUCCGUGGUGGAGCUGAAGAGGCAGAAGCUGGUGAAGAAGGUGGAGGUGGAGCCUGACCAGGUGACAAUUUACCUGGACCAGCUGACGAAGGAGGAGGAGACCUUCACCUUCGCAGCCAGGCAGGACUUCCCGGUGAGGAACCUCCAGCCAGCAACUGUGACGCUGUACGACUACUAUGAGACAGGUGACCGCGUGGAUGUUGCCUACAGUGCGCCUUGCAGCUCAGAGCAUGACGGGCAGAACUUCUAGCACCACCUGAAGCAGCUGCUUUGUGAAGCCGCAUCACUGAAUCAUUUCGGUUGGAAAAGACCCUCAAGAUCAUAGAGUCCAACCGUUCCACCACCCCUGGCACUGCCCCAUGUCCCCCUCCCACCACCCCAGGGAGCUCUGGGGCACCAGGUCUGGCAUCUCCCCUUGUCAUGGGACUGAAACCUUCCUCCUGUCACAGCAACCGGUCCACUCCGAGCAGGUCCCCACCACCACUCAACCCACCCCCCUUUUGGGCACUAACAUGGUGCCACUGUCACCAAGAGGGACCUGGGGACACCUCUGCAAAUCGAACAGAUUCAGGUGUUGACAGAGAAGCCGCAGCCCCCACCCUGGGUCUAAAUAAAUGAAUUUUCUCAA